GCCGCUCCCACCCCGGGGUAUCCUGGGACUAGGCUUUUCCGGAAGGAGCGGCUCGGCGUCGGGGCUAGGCCGGUAUUCUAGGCCCAAGCCCAGGCCCAGGCCUGUGUUCCAGGUCCUUGCUCAAAGACAGGCCGGUAGCCCCUGCGACACUCUAGGUACAGCGGAGGGCGCAGCGGGCCGUUCGCUGAGGUGUCCGGACCCGCCGCCGAGCGGGCCGUGUAGCCACAGUACGUGGCGGCGCCUCUUCCUUGCCCGAAGCGGAACUGCUGAAGGAGCGGCAGCGCAGGCCGGACGAGGUGAACCAGGUCAUUUAACCCCCUUCAGGUGAUGAAUCAUCUGUCUAAUAAUCAGAUUUGAGGUCCACAGCCCUUUGUGGUCCUGCUACAGGGCGAUUUUCAGUGGAUGACUGACUGGCGUGGCCUGAGGGGUGCCGCAGUGACUGCCUUCCCUUGAUAAGGAAACGAGCUUUCUGUUCUUUGUGGACACCUCGUUGCCUGUAAAACAUUCCGGUUAUAACUUCUUUAUCCGGCUUGUAUCUCUGUGCAAGAGGAAAGCUUUCACAUGAAAGUGUCCCUUGGUAACGGCGAAAUGGGCGUCUCUGCCCAUUUGCAGCCUUGUAAGGCAGGAACCACACGCUUUUUUACCAGCAAUACUCACAGUUCGGUGGUACUGCAAGGCUUUGAUCAGCUUAGAAUAGAGGGAUUGCUUUGUGAUGUGACCCUGGUACCAGGUGAUGGAGAUGAAAUCUUCCCUGUUCACAGAGCUAUGAUGGCGUCUGCUAGUGAUUAUUUCAAAGCCAUGUUCACAGGUGGAAUGAAAGAACAAGAUUUGAUGUGCAUUAAGCUUCAUGGGGUGAACAAGGUUGGUCUGAAGAAAAUCAUUGAUUUUAUUUAUACUGCAAAACUUUCUCUUAAUAUGGACAAUCUUCAGGACACACUUGAAGCUGCUAGCUUUUUACAAAUAUUACCCGUUUUGGAUUUCUGUAAAGUAUUCCUUAUAUCAGGAGUCUCUUUGGAUAACUGUGUUGAGGUUGGACGAAUUGCUAACACCUACAAUCUUAUAGAAGUGGAUAAAUAUGUUAAUAAUUUCAUCCUGAAGAACUUUCCUGCUUUAUUGAGUACUGGGGAGUUUCUAAAACUCCCUUUUGAACGGCUUGCAUUUGUGCUUUCCAGUAAUAGUCUUAAGCACUGUACCGAACUUGAACUCUUUAAGGCAGCCUGUCGCUGGCUAAGGUUGGAAGACCCUCGGAUGGAUUAUGCUGCAAAAUUAAUGAAGAAUAUUCGAUUUCCACUGAUGACACCACAGGAUCUCAUCAAUUACGUGCAGACAGUAGAUUUCAUGAGAACAGACAAUACCUGCGUGAAUUUGCUUUUGGAAGCUAGCAAUUACCAAAUGAUGCCAUAUAUGCAGCCAGUGAUGCAGUCAGAUAGAACUGCCAUUCGAUCUGACUCCACUCACUUGGUUACCUUAGGAGGAGUUUUGAGGCAGCAGCUGGUUGUCAGUAAAGAGUUACGGAUGUAUGAUGAAAGGGCACAAGAAUGGAGAUCUUUAGCCCCAAUGGAUGCUCCCCGUUACCAGCAUGGUAUUGCUGUCAUUGGAAACUUUCUUUAUGUAGUUGGUGGUCAGAGUAAUUAUGAUACAAAAGGAAAAACUGCUGUUGAUACAGUUUUCAGAUUUGAUCCUCGGUAUAAUAAAUGGAUGCAGGUUGCAUCAUUAAAUGAGAAGCGCACAUUCUUUCACUUGAGUGCCCUCAAAGGACAUUUGUAUGCAGUUGGUGGGCGCAGUGCAGCUGGUGAACUGGCCACAGUAGAAUGUUACAACCCAAGAAUGAAUGAGUGGAGCUAUGUUGCAAAAAUGAGUGAACCCCACUAUGGUCAUGCUGGAACAGUUUAUGGAGGCUUAAUGUAUAUUUCAGGAGGAAUUACCCAUGACACUUUCCAAAAUGAGCUCAUGUGUUUUGACCCAGAUACAGAUAAAUGGAUGCAAAAGGCUCCAAUGACUACAGUCAGAGGUCUGCAUUGCAUGUGUACAGUUGGAGAUAAGCUCUAUGUCAUUGGUGGCAAUCACUUCAGAGGAACAAGUGAUUAUGAUGAUGUUCUAAGCUGUGAAUACUAUUCACCAACCCUUGACCAGUGGACCCCAAUUGCCGCAAUGUUAAGAGGCCAAAGUGAUGUUGGAGUUGCCGUCUUUGAAAAUAAAAUCUAUGUUGUUGGUGGAUAUUCUUGGAAUAAUCGUUGUAUGGUAGAAAUUGUCCAGAAAUAUGACCCAGAAAAAGAUGAGUGGCAUAAAGUUUUUGAUCUUCCAGAGUCACUUGGUGGCAUUCGAGCCUGUACACUCACAGUUUUUCCACCUGAAGAAAACCCUGGGUCACCUUCUAGAGAAUCACCUCUUUCAGCACCUUCAGAUCAUUCUUAGGUCUAAGGUGUAAAACCUUUGCAGUACAUGAUGGGUGAUCUAAUACUUCCCCUUCAGUUGUAUCUUUUUACAGUGAUUGGUACAGUUAUUAGAUAUAAAGGCAGUAAGCUCCUACAGGACAUUUUAAAACUACAUAAAUGUGCCAUCCCCAGCUCAACAGAUUACAAACAACUGCUGAAAGAUUGUGGGUACAAGCCAGCUGCCAUGUUGUGAGCACAUACCACAUAGCUCCAUGGAGAGGCCCAUGUGACUGUGAUGAAGAGCUGAGACUUCCUGUUAGUGGCCAUGUGAGUGACCCAUGUUAGAAAAUCUGCCAGCCCAAAUAGAACCUUCAGACAACUGCAGCCCCAGCUGGCAUCUUGACUGCAACUCAUGAGAGAUUCUAAGCCCACCGAAGCUGCUCUUGAAUUAUUGAUUCACAAAAACUGUUAGGUAAUAAAUGUGUGUUGUUUUAAACCA